AUGACAACGACAAAUAAAUAUUUUAAAUAUGAGAAGGAUUUCAGUUUGCCAUGUCAGCAACAAGAAACUGUAUUUCUAGAUGUUUCAUUGGGUACCACAUGUUGUGGAAUUAUAAUAAUAAUCUCCUCUCUGUCUUUGCUUCAUUGCAUUGUCCAGCCUCUCCAGUGCACCACUGACUGCAAGGACCAGAAUUUUGAUGGCAUAAUCUUGAUAUGCCAAAGUUAUGAGCAGCUUCCUGACGAGCUGGAGUGUUUGAAAGCACCAUUACAGGACUACAGUGCAGUGGACUGUUGUGCUGGUGAAGAGGUCGUGGUGGUCAAGGUUCCUGGUCUCUCUGGAAACAGACUGGUGUUUGCCUGCACCGGUCCGGUGAAUCGGGACUAUGAUGAUGUCCGGCGCUUCAGUGAUGCUGCUACUAAUGGCAUUAAGAGGGCUCUGAAAGCUGGCAUGAAGCGCCCUCUGCUGGUUUGUCCUCCACACAGUAGCUAUGCAAAGAGCACCUUGGUGGCUGUUCUAGGAGCCCUGCAUGUUCUCUACUCACCUUUAGAGGUGAGGGAGCACAAGUUGUCCCCUCAUAAGGUGGCUGUGCUGGGCGUCUGGGCGAAGAAUCGGACGCAGGGAGAAGCCAUUACUGAGCUGGCCACUGCUCUGGAGAGCGGCAGGUUUGUCUAUCGUGACAUCGGUGGCUCUGACCCGGAGCGGAUGGCUGCCCCUCGGGUAGCUGAGUAUGUGCAAGCAGUUUUCAAGGAUACUCCUGUAACGGUGACGGUAGUGAGUCAUUUGAAUACUCUGGAGAAGGAGUAUCCCUGUUUGGCUGCGGUCAACCGCUGUGCUAACACUGUGCCGCGCCACCAGGCCCGAGUGAUCAAGCUGCUCUACUGCGGAGAAGGACCAAUUCAACAGACCGUGAUGGUUGUUGGCAAGGGCAUCACGUAUGACACCGGUGGAGCUGACAUCAAGGCCGGAGGAAUCAUGGCUGGAAUGCACAGGGAUAAAUGUGGAUCUGCGGCGGUUGCUGGCUUCUUCCAGAUCUUAGCCAAGCUGAAGCCCAAACACCUGAAGGUUGUGGGUGCAAUGGCAAUGGUGCGAAACAGUGUCGGAUCUGAUUGCUAUGUAGCGGACGAGUUAGUAGUGUCUCGUGCUGGUCCACCUCAGCAUAUCAUUUUAAAAGACCUUCUGAGUUUGAGCAGCACAUUUCAAUACUUAAGUAAAGCAUUGGAGGAAGUGUCUCCUCAUCUCUUCACUAUAGCCACUCUGACAGGACAUGCUGUCAGAGCCAUGGGACCACAUUACUCUAUCAUAAUGGAUAACGGUGCUGCUCACCACUCAGGAAACGCUCUGCAGUGGCAGAAAGCGGGAGAGGUGCUGGGAGAUCUGUUCGAGGUGUCCACCAUUCGUCGGGAGGAUUACGAGUUCCACAAAGGGAAGUCUGAGUAUGAGGAAAUCCUGCAGUCCAAUAACCUGCCCUCAUCCGCCACACCACGUGGACACCAGACACCCGCUGCCUUCCUCAUCAUGGCUUCUGGACUGGAUAAGCAUGGAAUGGACUCGGACAAACCUCUGCCUUACUCCCACAUCGACAUUGCUGGAUCCAGCGGCCCUUUCCCUGGUGUCCCAACAGGCACCCCAAUUCUUGCCAUGGCGACCAAGUACCUGGAGCUUUAAAUACACGUCCAAGGAUUUUUCUGAUGUUUCAUUAUUUCAGUUAUUUCCGUCUUGUGCCAUUUAUCUGUUAAUGGCUUUCAUAUCUGCUCCAUCUGACACUGUAUGUGUUCAUGUAAAACUGGGAUAAAUCAUGACCUUUGCUCCUUUCAUCCUUCCAUGAUUAACUGUCCAUUUUAUAAUUUUGUUGCUGCUCCAUAUUUACAUAAAUGCAUUUCUUCACGUCCUUAAAAACCUCUACGCUCCUCUUAUUCAAAUUGCAAAACCAUCAAUUCCCAUUUUUUUUAGUACUGUGCAGGUUUUCCGUUUCCGAUUAGCAUUUAAUGAGUGAAUUUAAUAUAGUGAAUUAACCAAACCAAAGUAACCUUACAGUUUCUCAGUCGAUCAGACAUGAAAGAGGAGCUGGGGAAGUUGAGCCAGUGAUUGAUAUUGAAUUGCAACUGUGAGAAUACAACAUAUUGUAUAACUGCCCAUUUUGUAGAAAAGCGUAAUGAAAAAUGAAUAAAAGCAUUUUGGCAAAAAAACAA